UUAAAAAUAGUGGACAACAAAAUAUGUCGCAACAAAUACGCGUUGUACAGUGUAUUGAGUGCAGCUUAUAUCAGGUGGACAUAGUUAAAAAGGCCAAUAAAUGGGAAUGUAAAGUAUGCCGGCUUAAACAGGUGACACAAAAAGAGUUUUUCCGCGGUACUGGCGCUGAAUGCCGUGCAAAGGUGCAGCAUUUGAAUCUAAAACGUGGAGAACGAAAACAAGCCCAGGAAGAACGUAAUAUAUUGGAGGCACAAGAACCAAACAUACGUGACCGUACUUUAAUUGAGUUGGAAGAUCAGCUGCAACCACCGCAGCGCUUAGAAGGAUCAAGUAAAUGGGCUGACUAUGUCGAUGACCCCAUAUCAGAGAUACAUCUUGGUUCAAACAAACGUGUUCAACCUAAAGAGUUGGAUGAGCCGCAGAAAAAUUCUUUGUACAGAAAGAAAAGUGAUUCUAACAAGCGUAAAGCUCAAAACGAUUCUGUAGUUAUUAAAAAGUCCUAUUCAAAGUGGCAAGACUUUCUAUAG